AUGAAGUUCCUCGUUCAUAUCUUCCUUGGGACCAUCGUCGCCGUCUUGGCCAGCGCCCAGACGCAAGCUCCACCAGCUGGGUGGCCUGUCUUUUGGCACAAGGGUAUAAUCACCGACAAGCCCACCUCCAUCUACAACCCGACCAAUGAGUUCAUAUUCCCCAGCGUAUUUCAUGCCGGACGCUGGCUGAACAAUGCUCGAGCUGAGUGGUACAUUUACUAUGCGCCUCACGACGAUCCCGGCGGCAUCUCGCUUCGUUACUCGGACAGCCUCGAGGGGCCCUGGACAGAGUAUCCCAACAACCCCGUCAUUUCACGGUCCUGGGGCUCACACUACAACGUCCCACAUGUCUCGAGUCCGGAUGCCAUUUGGAAUCUGGAAGCGAAUGAGGGACAAGGUCGCAUGAUCAUGUACUUUCACGGCAGCAACUCCGUCACCCGCUGGGCCUACUCGGACGACGGCAUCAAGUUUGGCUACGGCGGCGUCGCCGUCACCAACGCCAUGGGUGGGCCCGCCGUGACCGAGACGAGCUACGCGCGCGUCUUCAGGCACCCGGAUCCGAACUCAGGGUACAACUAUGGCAUGUUUUACAUGGGCAAUGAGCGUGACAACAUCCGCCGCAUCCGUCUCGCCGAGUCGAUCGACGGCAAGACCUGGACCGUCAGCCCCGACUACGUCGUGGCGCCCGGCUCCGAGGAAGGUGCCAACGUCUCGGCUGGUGAACUGUGGAACUGGAGAGGCCAGAACUACAUCAUCUAUCAUGCUUCCAGCGGCAAAGCGUACGCUCGUACGAUUGAUCGCACGCUGCGCAAAGUUGGUGAUAAGCCCAUUGUGCUGUUUGACGGCAGGGGCGACAACAGCGGAGAUCGCGUGGCCUCGCCAGUUGUCGUUACGCGCAAUGGCUUGACAUACUUGUUCUACGAGAAGGGAGACCGUCUCGGCGGCACCAUUGCUUGGGCAAAGAUGGCUGCUCAGUAA